UGUUAAAAACUGUGACUGACUAAUUUGAGACUUUUACCAGGUGUGAAGUGUUGGUUUUUGAGCAUUUGUCAUGUUAUCUCCAGAACCAGAGGAUCGAUUGCUCGGGAAGGAUGAUGACACGGUGGACACCACUGGCGCCGACGACCCACAAUCCUCGUACGUCGAUGACUUUGAAGAGGCGGAAGAAGAAGGGGCAAACGUAACGGCACCGUUUUCAUUCUUGGGCGAUGACCACGACACGGCGAUCGAUUUGGACGCUGCCGUUCAACUCUCAAUCAUGUCUACGAUUGAUGAAGAACGUUCCAGUGAAGAUCAUUCCUCUCAUAUCACUCCUUCUGACCCAGCCAUCUCCCAAGCUGAUCCUACAAGUACAAAUGACGACCCAGAAUCUCGAAUACCAGACGAACUGAGAGGUCUGACCCAUCACUUUCAAGGGGACGAGGACGACGAGUCAACAACUUUCUCAGAACAUGAGGAACCUGCAGGAUCUCGUCCUCAAAACACAGACGAAUCUCACCAUCAUCACAGCACUACUGAGGAAGACGACGACUCGAGUAUGGAUGCGAUAAUGAAAAAACUAGCACUGCUCGAAAACACCCAAACCCUUCUGGAAAACGUUCUCGACGCGAAUUACGAAGGACGGGAUGACGACAAUGUCGAACUCGUCGUAAAACAGGCUCUCUCACAGUUAAAAUUGGCCUCUAACAGAAAGGGCAAAGGUGGUGACGACAGUGUCAGUGAGACAGCAACGAUGGACGAUUCCUCACUCAAGGAGGAGAUGGAAGCGUUGCAAAAAUUAUUGGAUAAUUCCCUCCCAGAAGAAGAAGGCGGUGGUGAAGCUGCUGCUGCUCCUGUCCUCGUAUCGGAAAGGGAACAAGGACAACGACAAAUUGAUCAAGUUUUGAAAGAGUACGAAGAUUUGGAGCGAUCCUUGUACAGCAGUCGACUUGGUGGUGAAAGUUGUGACGAGCAGGAAUCUCUACGCAGUGAUGGUGGUGGAGCACCGAAUCCUACGACAACGCCACACCCACCACAAUUUCCAUGGAGUAACGAUGAUAACGAAGAUAACCAGACAACCGGAAAUGAGCAACAAAUUUUAAAUCAAAAUCGUGCAAUAGAAAUUGAUGAACCACAAAAACAACAACAAACCACUUUCCAACCAAAAAGGUUUCGAUUGCAAGAUUCAGAACAAGAACGCGAACAAGAUUUCACCACCUUCCCGAUGGAUCACGACCACUCGCAAUUCAUGGCGACAAAAAUGAAACCACGAGGAACAAUUGGUGAUGAUUCUCCUCCGGAAGAGAGAUCUCGUACGAAAACCAUACAAAAAAAUAAGAAGAUCGUACCCCCACCGGUGACAACGUCCGUCUCUGCUCCAUCAGUUUCAACCCCCAAGACUAAAUCAUCCCCUCCAACAGGUCGGAAGAUGGCUGAGUCACAAAGCACAACUUCACUCAAAACUCCAACAAGUGCGAACAAACGAGUUAUUCAGCAGACAAUGGGUAAAAGAAGUGUUAGUGACAUCCCAUCCUCACCAGGGAAGAACCGUGGUGGUGGUGGUGACAUCAGCACCAGAGAAUUAACAGAUUUAGACAACGAAACCAAGAUUGCUCACCUUCAAGCGGAACUGACCAAGCAAGAAAACCUCUUGACCGCGUACCAAGAAGAUAACCAAAAGUUGUACGGAGCAUUCAAGAAAAAAGAGGUAAGUAAAGUAACCAAAAUUAAUGAAAACUAAUUUAGAGAGAAAA